AGCGUGGUUUGCGCCGACAGCUGAUCGAAACCAAUUUACAGAGGAAAAUAAUUAAUACUCACCGCUAACAAUCAGUCUUAGCUGAAGGUUUAAGCUAGAAAGAUGUUUAAAUUUAAUUUCGAAGUCGAAGAGGAUGCCUCUGAAGAUCCCCAGUCCGUUAAGAGUCCCAUUUUUGAAAAGGAUGCCGAAGAAGCUGAUUCGGAAAAGACAAAGGACAUAGAUUGGUACCAGGCGGUGAAAGUACAGCCCACAGAUAACUUGAUUUCCAUAUUGGAUUUCUACGAGCUGAAUGCCAAGGAAAUUGAAGUGGGAAAGACUACAAUAAGACACCUCGUGGCCGGCUUUUUGCUGGACGAUAUUAAGGCUCAAUCCGACUUGCAGGACCUUGAUAUCAGGAAGUCCGAGGAAAAUCAUUCAGACCUCAUAGCCGGGGUCUACGAAGGCGGCGCCAAAAUAUGGGAAUGCACAGACGAUUUACUGCAGUAUUUAUCCGAAAAGCAUGAGGACUCAUUCUGGAAGGACAAACGAGUUCUGGAUUUGGGUUGUGGCUCCGGUUUACUGGGUAUAUAUGCCAUUAAGCAAGGAGCACGUGUCGAUUUUCAGGACUAUAACAAAGAUGUUUUGGAAUACAUCACUUAUCCGAAUAUUCUGCUAAAUGUGGAGGAAACGCUAACUGACGACGAAAAGCUGAAGUUUUUGGACACAAAUACAAACCUUUAUGCUGGAGAUUGGUCUCAUUUCGCUGAACUGACGAAGGACCUGGAAAAAUAUGACCUAAUACUUACCUCAGAAACCAUUUACAAUACUGAAAAUCAGGGAAAACUGUUGGAAACAUUUGCUGGUCGACUGAAAUCCGAUGGAGUCGUGUUGGUCGCUGCAAAAUCUCAUUAUUUUGGAGUAGGAGGUGGCCUUGAACAAUUUUCGGGAAAGAUUAAGCAGGGAAAUGUUUUCCGAAGCGAAAGUGUCUGGCAAGCCGACGAAAAUUUGAAAAGAGGCAUUUUGCAAUUAAAUUUUAAGUAAAUUAAAAA